UGCAAAAAUAUCUGCAAAAUUCAAAGAUAAACAAUAAUGUGAAUUAAUUACACGUUGAAAUACCAUUUCUACUUAAUUUAAGAUGCUCACGGAGCAGGAAAAACCGUAAAAAGUUGUUUGUUUUAGAAACAACACAGGUGUUGAUAUUUUAAUGUUUUUGUUUUGUGAUUAAAAAUGUAGUGAAAUCAAACAUAAUGCCCAAAAAUGGAAACCAAAUUGUGUAGAAUAUGCGGGAAAUUGGGACAGGACUUUAUACAUAUUUUUAAUACGGAAGGGUUAAGAGACAAAAUAGAAACAUGUUUACCAAUUAUUGUGUCCCCUUAUUGCUUGCUACCAGACACAAUAUGCAAGGAAUGUAUAGAAAAUGUAGACAAUUUUUACAUUUUCAUAAAAAAAAGCCUCCAAAAUAUAAUCAUUUUGGAAACACAGUAUGAUAUUCAAGAAUCUUGCCUAAAAUCUAAACGAAAAAAAGAAAAAGGCUGUUUUGUAGAUUUUACAUUUAAGACGAGUAAUAUAGGUGUUCAGACUGAAGAUUAUCUUGAUGUUUUAGUUGGCAAAGAUGCAGAUUUCAAAGAAUAUAGCUUAAAUUUUCCUCUAAUAACAAAAUUUCUAGAUUCUACUGACCUUUUAAAACCAAAAUCGACUACAUGUUUAGUUGACUACGACAUCGAUUCAGAUUCUAAUGUUGAUGACAAUGAUUCCAACACAGGUAAAGUUGUUCUAGGAGAAAAAUUGGAGGCAAUGAAUAAAAUAACCAAUUUUGUUGAUUCAUUUUUAUCUCAAAAGAGUCAUUUUACUUCUAAACCGCAUUACUUUGAUGAUGCUGAAAAUGAUUUGAUCUCGGAAAUAUCUCAAAGGAAAAACUUAAAGCGUAAAUGUGAUUCAAUUGAAAAAACUCGAACGAAAAUAUGUAAAUUGGACAGUUUUAACAGAAGGAAAAAUAAACAGCCAAAAAGAUUAGAAAAGAGCGAAAAGUUAUUAUCUUCUUUACCGCAGAGUUGCUUACUGUGUGAUACUCACUUUUCUGGCCCGGCUGCCUUGGCCGCACAUGUAUUCGAAACGCACGGAAUAGAUUUGGCUGAGGUUGUGUCUUCUGGGUCUGGAGAAUCGUUCCCGGAAAAGAAUAAGAAGAAAAUACCGAAUCUGGUCAAGAUUUCGGAUCUUAAGAGGAGCGAUUCCAUAGAAGACAACCAGUUACCCGACCAGCAGCCCGAAGACCCGCCCAUGCUCCUCCCGAGCUUCGUGUGCCCCAAUUGCCCUGCCGUUUUCACCACCAAACCGGACCUAAUGAUGCACCUAAGAGUUAAACACGCCCAACAAGCGGCACAUCUAUGCGGCUUGUGUUUGCAGCAGUGCAACACGUACAUGAACUUGAAAAGCCACCUUCAGGUUUGCUCGCAACAGCAUCCCGUCAACACGAGAUACAUCUGCCAGGUAUGCCAGUAUGGAGACGACAACUUUAAAUGGCUGGAAAACCACAUUCUUGUACACGAUUUCCUACUCGACGCUUGUAAGAAGCAGUCGAAGAUGUUCGACCCCGCCGAUUACAUCGACACCAACGAGAGUUUCGAGAACGGAGCUCCUUCGCCCGGCUCUAAAAGUCUCGCUUGCAGCGAGUGUGGUUUGAACGACUUUGAAUCGUUUAAAGAGUUCAGCUCGCACAGACGAAGUCAGCACUCGAUUUUUCACUGCGAUCUAUGUAAUAAGUUCUACGGGCGAAAUUCUCACCUUUGGAAGCACGUUAAUAGACUUCACAAGGGUCAUCCAAGUAUUACCUGCCAGUUGUGUUACAAAACGUCUGCUUCUAAGUACCACCUCGCACAGCAUUUCAACAAGAUACACCUAACGAAAGGUACGAAGCAGAAAACGGAUAAUUUACAAUCGGAAAAGGAAGAUUUUAUGGCACAGAAGUUCCAGGGCUUCGAUUUCCAGUCGGUCAAGCAGAGCUUCAUGAGGCAAGAGAUUUUGGAUCGGGAACGGAAAAACAGCGUCAGCGAAGUCGAGGAUAACUCCAACCAGCUGUCCGACCAGGACGACGAAAUCACUUCGGAGGGUAACAUUAAAGAAGAGGUGUUGAUUAUCAAAGAAGAAAUCGCCGCUCCAAAGGAAAUCGAUUCCUCGCAUAAUCUGUACACGAAUAUAAUUACAAAUUACACCCCUCCGCUUAACGAGGGGGAAUACAAGUGCCCGAAGUGUUCCAAGGCUUUCCACAAGAAAGUGUUGCUCAAGAAGCACAAGAAAAACUGCAGGCCCAAGCUGCAGAAAGACCUGCUGACUCGCUGUAAAACCUGCGCGCGAAUAUUCAAAGACCGCCAGAGCCUGACCAAGCACUUGGUGAAUUACCAUUCUGAGUAUAUCUGUGAAAUUUGUAGCGAAAAAGUCCAAAGCAAGUGCGAGAUCGUCUCGCACAUCAGAUUCCAACAUCCCGGCUGUCACUUGUUCUGCAAAAUCUGCUGCAACAUUUUGAGGAGCAAGGAAGACCUCCAGACACACUUACGGGACCACAUGGACUCGUACGUUUGCCAGUUCUGCGCCGAUUCCCUGCCCAGCAAGAUAAAACUCAAGAUGCACAUCCUCAGCCUUCACCGCAAAAUUCUGAGCCUCUCCUGCGGAAUCUGCCUGAAACUGUUCGAAACGCAACACAUCCUGAAGGACCACGUAACUUUAAUCCACAAAGACCAACUCACGCCCCUCACGUCUUGCCCUGUCUGCGGCAAAAAUUACGGAUCGAAAUGGAAGACGUACGACCAUCUAAACAAAUCGCACGGGAGGAUUUUCAAAGCUUGCAAGACUUGCCUCGAGGUUUUCGAUAACGACGCUCAGCUGCAGGCUCAUUGCGACGUUACCACACACGGCGGGCAGGGGGCUAGCGGCAUCGCCACCACCGCCGUCAGGAACAGUAUUAUGGCUCAUAUUACUACGGCGAUCAAUGAAGUUGUGACUCAGAAUGAAGUAAGCGUUCAUAAUGACGAAGACGAGAGCGACAGCGGUGAAGAAAACGAGGAUAACAGCGAUCAGAGCAACGACGAGUACGAAAACGAUAUGGAAGAACCAAAAGAAGAGUUGCAGUCCCACGUGCCACCCUUACCGCAGGAAUCUAGAAUUUCCCUGUUGGAAAAGCGACUGCUGGGGAAGAGAAUUUCCGAAGACGACCAAAUGGUGACGAGACCUAGAACGCAAAGUUUAAUAAGUACCGGUAAACGCUCCAACGGUAACGCGCCCGAAACUAAACUGAGAUUUUCCACCGAAAUUAAGAAAGAAAGAAGUCAAAUCGAUAUUCCUUCUGGGACAAGCAUUAAAAGAGAAGACGAUGCGGAACUAACAAACUCCCCGUCUAACCCGCAAGUUAACUCCUCGAAAAGAACCGUCUACGUGAACAGUAACGAUCCUUCCUACUGCGAGAUAUGUUUUAAGACGUGGCCCGCGAAGAAGCACUUGUGGCAGCAUUACAUCCGUUGCCACAAAAGCGUGGCCGCUACCGUUUGCGGCAUUUGUUUAAAAACUAACGAGAGUUACGAGAGCCUACAGAUGCACCUACUUGAGAAUCAUCCAACACUCUUACAUGGUCAAGGCUUUGGAUCCAAUUUCAUAUGCAGGAUUUGCGGACGUUACCACAAUGCUAGUUCUAAGCUACGACUCCACAUGGUGAUCCACGAAAAUUUCGACUGGAGUUUGAUAAGCGAACCACCCAAAUCGCUGAAACAGGAAAGUGGCGAGAAAAAGACGGGAACCAACGGAUUUAGAGAGGUUAAAGAGGAGCAAGCUAACGAUAGUAUUGAGGUGUACGACGAAAACGAUAUUAAUUACGAGAGUCUUAUCGAGCAAGUUGAGUGUUCGUCUCAGUCUGAAAACGACGAUUCGGAAAACGACCAGUCACACAUAGAAAUUAAAGAAGAACAAGUGUCAUCUUCGGAGGAAGAAGAAGAUGACGAGAGUGAAGAAUCGGCCUUGUCGGAGAAUUCCAUGCAAGCGCAGAUGCUGAAGAAUAUGAUACGCGAGAAGCAGAACUUAGCCUCGAAUGUUAACAGGGAGGAGUUGUCGUCCAGCGAGGAGUCUAGCUCGAGUUUUACCGACGACAAUAAUGAAGGUACAAAGAGCGAAAGUUCCGAAGAAGACGAAUGCUCGCAAGAAUCUCAGUCCGCGUCGUCGCAGAGUAAAUUCAACACUCGUUCUAAUUCCAACACCGUCGAUUCUGUGUUGAACGGGAAUAUGUUUAAAAGGAAGCCUGACGAACUGGAUUCCGCUAUUAAGUCCAUCAGUUACGAGUGUACGGAACCCGAAGAUAUUAAAGUCGAGGAUGAUUAUUGCGAGCUGCACAACAAUUGUCUCAAUGAGAACGAAAUCGAAUCGGCCGUCGGUAGUAUCCUCUAGAUGUGUAUAUAAUUCUUUUUCUAAGUUAUUAAGUCUUUGAUUCUGAUUAGAUGCCAUAUUAUUUAGGGAUGCUCUACGAUGUUUUUGGUGAUAGGGAGAAAAAAGAAUUAUUUUUGGAAUUUUCGGUACUUCCGAGUUCAACAUGUACUUAAUGUUUUUCAAUUUUUCUAACAUACAUGUUCAUUUCUUGAAAAACAUGUAGAAAACAUACAGAUGAAGCAUACAGGGUGCGCCAACUUCAACACUUGGAGUUUCUCAUAUUUCCUGACAAUAUAGAAAAAAAGUAGUUCAAAUGUCCCAGUCUUGAUUUUCAAGGAAAGUAGAAUGACACAAACCGCAUCUCAAUAUCUUAAUUAAUUUUUAUGAAAUACAAAGCAAUUUUCAUGUUUGGCCAUUUUCUUUGAUGCCUUGUAACCUUUU